AUGGAGAUCACCAUGGGGAUCAUGGAUGAGAAUGCCACCAAUACAUCAACCAACUAUUUCCCUCUGCUUGACCCCCUUGGAGCCCAAGCUGUUUCUUUGCCCUUCAACUUCAGCUAUGGUGACUAUGAUAUGCCCUUGGAUGAAGAUGAGGAUGUGACCAAUUCCUGGACUUUCUUUGCCGCCAAGAUUGUCAUUGGCAUGGCACUGGUGGGUAUCAUGCUGGUCUGUGGUAUCGGCAAUUUCAUCUUCAUUGCUGCCCUGGCCCGCUAUAAGAAGCUACGCAACCUCACCAACCUGCUGAUCGCCAACCUGGCCAUCUCUGAUUUCCUGGUGGCCAUUGUCUGUUGCCCCUUCGAGAUGGACUACUACGUGGUACGCCAGCUCUCCUGGGAGCAUGGCCAUGUGCUGUGUGCCUCUGUCAACUACCUGCGCACGGUCUCUCUCUACGUCUCCACCAACGCCCUGCUGGCCAUCGCCGUCGACAGAUAUCUGGCCAUUGUCCACCCGCUGAGACCCCGGAUGAAGUAUCAAACAGCCACCGGCUUGAUUGCUUUGGUGUGGGUGGUGUCCAUCCUCAUUGCCAUACCAUCAGCCUACUUCACCACUGAAACGGUCCUCAUCAUUGUUAAGAGCCAGGAGAAGAUUUUCUGUGGCCAGAUCUGGCCAGUAGACCAGCAGAUCUACUACAAGUCCUACUUCCUCUUCAUCUUUGGCAUCGAGUUCGUGGGCCCAGUGGUCACCAUGACCCUAUGCUAUGCCAGGAUCUCCCGAGAGCUCUGGUUCAAGGCCGUCCCUGGUUUCCAGACGGAGCAAAUCCGAAAGCGACUGCGCUGUCGCCGGAAGACCGUCUUGAUGCUCAUGUGCAUCCUCACAGCAUACGUGCUGUGCUGGGCGCCCUUCUACGGCUUCACCAUCGUGCGGGACUUCUUCCCCACAGUGUUUGUGAAGGAGAAACACUAUCUCACGGCUUUCUACGUGGUCGAGUGUAUUGCAAUGAGCAACAGCAUGAUCAACACCGUGUGCUUCGUGACUGUCAAGAAUAACACCAUCAAGUACUUCAAGAAGAUUAUGCUGCUCCACUGGAAGGCUUCUUAUAAUGACAGUAAGUCCAGUGGGGACCUUGACCUCAAAACCACAGGGGUGCCUGCCACAGAAGAGGUGGACUGCAUCAGGCUGAAAUAA